AUGCCAGUUUUUCACAUUGUUCUCUUUCGCCUUAAGCCAGGCGUUUCAAAGACCGACGUGGACAGAUGGUGCCAGAUGGGAAAAGGAAUGGUUGGGAAAAUUCCAGGACUUUUGGAGUUCCAUGCUAAUGUUCCCUUCCCGGCCACUGCGGAAAGGGGCAAGGGCUUCGGGAUGGGCCUAGUUGCGAUCCUUGAGAAGCCAGAACAUGUUCUGAGUUAUGGCAUCCAUCCUGCACAUCAAGAAGUACAUAGGAUUCGGGAAGAAUUGUGUGAGGAUACGCUUGCAUAUGACUUGAUGUACUGA